AUGGUUUUGGGCGAGACUCCGGAAUUCGAGCAGUGCGUGAGCGAUUGUAGGAAAAAAAAAUUAAGGCUAAGGGCUACCCCCGAAGCUAUAUACCCCCGAAGCUGCGUAUCAUAUAUCGUCUACAGUGUUCCAACUGGUGCUAAGAAGAACAAGCUGCGUACGACUUUUGAGGACUGCAACAGACUUUGUCAAGCAAAAGUGAUUAAGAGACUUCCCGGCGCCAGCGACAUGAUGAGGGCUACCAUAUGUUCCCAGGAGUGUGCCGUCUUUCCGCACAAAAAUUAGAGGAAAUGUACCUUGAUAGAGCAACAUGAAAAUAGGAAACGACAACAUGA